AUCGAGAUCAAACGUCCACUGUACCAGCACUGGGCGAUCUAUGUGGGGGAUGGAUAUGUCAUCCACGUGACAGAUGAAGGAGCCUCAUCCAUUACCCUUAGCAGCUCUUCCAUAUGCGCCACAAGGGCCAAGGUGAAGAAGGAGCUCCUGAUGGAAGUGGUGAAAAAUCACAAAUGGCAUGUCAACAACAAGUAUGACCGCUCCCGCACUCCCCGCCCUGUGGAGGAGAUCAUCCGGCGUGCUGAGCAAUGGGUUGGCAAGGAGGUGCCAUAUGAUGUGCUUAACAGAAACUGUGAGCACUUUGUGACAGAGCUCCGAUAUGGAGAAGCAGUCUCUCACCAGGCCAAGAAAGCUGUAGUUGGUGGUGCUUCAGCCAUCGUCGGAACUACUCUUCUUGGUGUUGCUGCUCUUGCUGGGAUUGCAUUGUCGGGGAGCAAAUCCAAGACAUAGUGCUACUGAUGGCUGUCAGGCAGAGCUCCGAGCAGGGCAGGAGGAUCUUCUGGAAUCUGCGGUCACUGUUCUCCUCUUGCUACACGUGCCAGCAAGGGUUUCUAGCAAAUGUGCCACCCUUCCUGUAAACAUAAAAUAAUCCUUAAUUAAAUGUCUGAAAUCCAAA